GUUUUCUAGCAUCUUCUCCAGAUAGUAUAAAUGUUUUCUGCCCCCACCCUCUUUCACCUUCCUCGUCUCCAAAUCGGACAUUUUCUCCCUGCGUCUUGUUGCAAACCGCAGCCAGGCUUUGCUGCAAAUUACCAGUGUGAUGCAGAUAUGAGUGUAUGUGGGUUUUUUUUACGGGAUAGAAAGAGCAGACAGUGCAGGCGCGAUUCACAUUCAAACAGGUGUGAGGAGCAGAAACAAUCCCAGGUGGCGCAUGUUGAUCGGAUAUGUGGCCAUAUAGAAACACACUGAGAGCAUCUUUGCGCCUUUUUUAAGGGUUGAGCAACCCGCAUCCGAGAAUAGUGUUGGCUGUUAGAAAGUAGGUCGAUAGGAACUGAGAGCGACGUUUGUUUCCACGCUUUUGUCUCUGUUCUUUGUUGUUUAGCGAGGACUGUGGGGUUUUUUUUCAUAGCCUACCCUUUGAGAGCGUUUUACGCACAGGUGGGAGAUACCCGCUCAGCGUACUGUAGGACAGCCCCCCUCUCUGCUCCUCAGCGGAUGAUGUGAGGAAGUGACAUUUCUCACCGCUGCGGUUCGGGACAGCACUGCUCCGCUGCAAACAGGUGUGCUACCGUCCGGGUCACUUCUGCUGGGAAGCCACUGAGAGGCAGCGUCCCAAAACCGGAACCAAGCAUCCUUGACGCGGGACAGCGGGGACCAGAGGAGGAGAAUCAACCCGGUCAAGUCUUUAUUAGCCUGGGCUGUUUGAACGGGUUCAGACACACACAGAGAGGAGAGAGGGAGGGAGUGUGAGGGAGAGAGGGAGCGAUGGCAACGAAAAAGGCGUGCGUGGAUGCGCCCAAAAGGAGCCGGAGUCCGGUCGUGUUGGAGGCGGAGAUGUUCAGUGAAUUUCAGGACUGGUGUCUCCGGACUUAUGGAGACUCGGGUAAAACAAAGACCGUCACCCGGCGAAAAUAUAACAAAAUCAUGCAGACACUGUUGCAGAACGACGAGUCGGAUGGCGUUUAUAUCGACAACAGCCACAUCAACGCCAAAUUCAAAUUUUGGGUGAAGUCUAAAGGAUUUCAGGUCGGGACCAACGUGCUGGGAGAGCACAACAAGAAGGGAGCUCCAGGGAAACCCGUCCUAUAUGUCCCGGUCAAGUCAACGUGUUCAGAUGGGAAUUCGGCCCAAGACAACUCCUCCCUGAAGCGUGUAGCUGUGGUAGAAGACUUCUUCGACAUCAUCUAUGCCAUGCAUGUGGAGAUGGGCGCCGACCCCGGGAGAGCACCCAAACAUGCAGGCCAGAAGAAGACCUACAAAGCGAUAGCAGAGACCUACGCCUUCCUGCCCAGAGAGGCGGUGACUCGGUUCCUAAUGAGCUGUGGAGAGUGUCAGAAGAGGAUGCACAUCAACCCCAGCACUGCAGAGUUCAAAGAAAAUGACCGACCCACCUCCCUGGUCCCGGACCUCAUUGAUUACAACAUGCCUCUUACUGCCACCUACCUGAAACAGAUGAAGCUGCAGUGCAUGACUGCCACUGAAAGGGAUGACAGUUCGGUGAGCAGCGAGGACAUGAACGGCGUUGAGACCACAUGGGUCGCAGCUGAGCAGCCUCCAGUGCCUGAGCCCAGUCCAACCAACGGAGAGAGAGUCAGCAACCCAGCAGCUCCCAUUAAAGAGGAGGAAGACGACGACUCCUCGGAGAGCGGCAGUGCCAACGGGCUGCCGGCCCUGACCUCCCCGGAGGUGCUGGCUGUGGGUGGGAACCCCCCAGAUGGUGGGGCCCCAUACGGGGAGGUGACAGAGAACGGGCUGAGCGCUCCGCUGGACUUUAGCACCACCUCGCCCUCGUCCUCCUCAGAGGAUCAGCAACCGGUCAACCUGAGCGACAGACUGCUGCCGGCUGGGAGCUCGCCGCCAAACUCUUACCCCGCAGACCCCAACAGGAAGUACCCCAUCAAAACAGAGUACACCAACAAGUCCCCUCCUUACAGCUCAGGAAGCUAUGACUCUGUGAAAACUGAACUGAGCAUGAGCGCUGAGGACUUGACCUCUGGUCGGGCACAGAUAAUUGAUGAUGACGAUGAUGAUCAUGACGACCACGAUGACAGCGACAAGAUCAAUGACGCUGAGGGUAUGGACCCUGAGAGACUCAAAGCCUUCAAUAUGUUUGUGCGUCUGUUCGUGGAUGAGAAUCUGGACCGCAUGGUGCCCAUCUCCAAACAGCCCAAGGAGAAGAUCCAGGCCAUCAUUGAGUCCUGUAGCCGCCAGUUCCCAGAGUUCCAGGAGCGCUCCCGCAAGCGCAUCCGCACCUACCUCAAAUCCUGCCGCCGCAUGAAGAAGGGCGGCUUUGAGAUACGACCUACACCUCCUCACCUCACCUCUGCCAUGGCUGAGAACAUCCUCGCCGCUGCCUGCGAGAACGAAACCCGAAAUGCUGCCAAGAGGAUGCGGCUCGAUGUCUACCAAGCGGAUGAACCUGCCUCUGCUGACAAGUCCAGCUCGAGGGACCCGGCCUCUGUGGCGCCGUCAGGGUUCACCAUCUCCAGCGCAGCUUUUGCCCAAGACCAGCUCUACACCAACGGAGGCCUCAACUACAACCUGCGGGGAUACGGGACGGUCGGCAGCAACCAGCAGAACUCUGGAGCUGCACAAACCAACGGUCCCACAGAUCUGAGCAUGAAGUCAGUCGGCCCAAAUUCCACCUCCUCCAGCUCCAACAGUCACGGUCAGGGUGGCGGCGGUGGCGGAGCUUCAGCCCAGCUCAGCCCUCCAGAGGUCACGGCGGUGCGGCAGCUCAUCGCGGGAUACCGAGAGUCCGCCGCCUUCCUGCUCCGCUCUGCAGACGAGCUGGAAAACCUGAUCCUGCAGCAGAACUGA